AUGUUCCUGUGGCUGCACGUGAAGUCGCGUUUUUCCAACCUCACUGAUGAACAGGUCCAGAGAAUUCGCGAGGGCGAACCGGCAGCCAAUCCAAUUGAGAAGACUAUACUAUGGCGAAUACUCAAGUUCUGGAGAUUGAACAUCCAGCUAUUAUUUGUCACCGAUGGUAUGCGAAAGCCUGGCAAGGGGCGCUGGGGUGGAAGAGGUGGCGGCAAACUCGACGACGAUUGCACCAAAAUGCUUCACCAGAUGUUUGAUCGAUUGAAAGUGCCAUAUCACCGAGCUCCUGGAGAAGCCGAGGCCGAAUGUGCUCGCUUGCAACAAUUGGGAAUUGUAGACGCCGUCUGGUCUGACGACGGGGACUGUUUGAUGUUUGGCUGCACGACAAUGAUCAAGGCUAAUCGUACCAGUGCUGGUAAAAAAGAAUGGCUAGAGCGCAUCACCGUCUACCAGGCGGAGACUGUUCUGCCACGCUUCGAUCUGGACCGAGACAGUCUGGUCUGCUUUGCUGUAUUGACUGGAGGCGACUACGAUACCGCAGGUUUGCCAAAUUGCGGCUUCCAAACUGCUCGGAAGCUAGCACAGCGGCAUGUUGGGCUGGCUUACGAUUUGAAGAUGUGCCAAACAGCACCAGACUUCGCACGGUGGCGAAUGUUGCUCGCGUCAAGCCUUGCAGCAAUGCACAAGGCUGUUUCGGUGCCUCCAAAUUUCCCGAACGUGGAGGCUCUGAACGGGUAUCGAAACCCAGCCAUCUCCACUGACGAUCAAUGCUUCAACUUGCGCGGUCUUCGAGGAGGAUGGGAGUGGCUGGAAACGCAAAUCGACCAACCGAAGCUACGCAUCGUAUUGCGAGAUCACUAUAACUUUACCACAAAAGAGUACCUCAAGCACAUGGGACCGGUGUUCCUGGCCCGAGCCCUGACUAGAGGAGUGACGCCGGCACGACGUGAGGAGAACCUCUCCUACGGCGUCCAGCUACGACGCACGCUGAAACGUAAAGGUCAGGACGGAGAGGAGGGAAGGGUCAAAUCAGAGCUGAACAUCAAGUUCAAUGCUUGGAUGCUUGUGGAUAUCAAUCUCACAUCUCAGGAUUCUGUGAACGCCGACGGAUCCGCCUACGACCCGAUGAAGCGUAUAGAUGGCGUGAUGCUGAAAUGUUUCCUCGAACAUGGCCUUCCGCAGGGUGCACUGGACAAACCGGAAUCUCCAACGACGAAGAAGGGUAAGGCUAGAAGUGGCACGCAAGAGGAGGACGGUGCCAGCGCGACACCGAGUGCCAGCCAGAAUGCACCACCGAGCUCUGCUCCGAUUCCAUCAACAAGUGCUCGAAAGAGAAUGUCUCAAGAUGCCCCGGAGGGUGAGGUUGUAGCGUCACAAAGCAAGACCGCUAAGAAGCGCAGGAAGACAGCCGAAAAGGAGGAUGCUGCAGGUACGCCUAAGAAAUCAAGGCAACGAAAGCCGAAGGUUGCUGCAGAAGAGCCUCCUCCUCCUACGUUCAAAAGAGUUGAUAUGCCAGACUUCGCCGCUUUGAAACGUUCAUGCAAUGUCGUCGACCUGGACGAGGAAGAUACUGACGAUGAGAUCGAAAUCCUGGCCCAUCCAUCGCAGUCGACAUUGUCUCCAGCCGGGACACCGCAGAGCUGGCAUCAGACCAGUCGCGUGCCACGUUGGCCUAGUCUCGACACUCCAUUGCGAGCGAAUACAGGAGCCAGUCCACACGAGACCAACUUCCGGAUUCCGGCCGAUCCGUUGCCAUCAUCUAGUGGCACAAUUGAUGAGACGAACCAAGAUGAGGCAUCUGCUGCUGCAAUGUUGCGCCAACGAAGAGAGCGAGGACUGCUCAGUAAAUUGUCUUCUCAGACAGCUGCUUCCACAAGAAGUGAACCUCCUGCGCCACCGCGGCCGCCUGCGCCAUACGAGAUCAUCGACUUGACUUGA